ACACUGAGCGUGUUUUAAAAAAAUGUCUUCUUUCUCUUGACUUUGUUCUUGAAGAACGUAUCGGCAUAACACGUUUCGUGUCAAAUACGACUUAAAAAAUGCGUUACGUGGCCGCGUAUUUACUGGCUGUGCUGGGUGGGAAGGCGGCCCCAGUCGCCGCUGACGUGGAGAAGAUCCUCAGCUCAGUGGGCAUUGAAGCCGACGCGGAGAAACUUAAGAAAGUUAUUGCCGAGCUCAAUGGCAAGAGUGUGGAGGAGCUGAUCGCGCAGGGUCGUGAGAAGCUGUCUUCGAUGCCUGUGGGUGGUGGAGCACCAGCAGCAGCUGGCGCCGCGCCUGCAGCCGCCGCUGCUGAGGAAAAGAAAGAAGAGAAGGAAACCAAGAAGGAAGAGUCUGAAUCAGAAGAUGAGGACAUGGGCUUCGGUCUCUUCGAUUAAAUGCAUUUUUAAAGUGUACGCGGCAUGCGCGGUUAUUCCAGUUUGGUGUAAGCGUAACCUGACGGCAAUUAUGUUUCUGUGAAAUAUAUUUGCGGAAAAUUUUA